AUGACUAGUUCAGUCACUUUAAAUGAAUUAACGCUGGUGGAAACGUUAGAGCAAGCAAGUAAUCCUCAACACGCCGGAUCAGAAGUCCAAAGACUAGCUGAAAGACAGUUAUCAGAAUGGCAGACACAACCGGGAUUCCAUUACACUUUACAAUCCAUCUACUUAGAUCUUUCCAAUUCACUGCAAAUAAGGUGGCUUUCUGUGAUUCAAUUUAAGAAUGGUGUUGACAAGUAUUGGAGGUCUACGAGGCUACACGCAAUAAGCAAAGAGGAGAAAUCAUCCAUCAGAGCGCGGCUAUUUGAUCUGAUUGACGAACAGAAUAAUCAACUUUGUAUUCAAAAUGCUCAGGCAACGGCACGUAUUGCAAGAUAUGAUUUCCCCGUAGAAUGGCCAAACCUUUUUGAACAAUUGGAACAACUAUUUGCAAAUGAGCAAUUGAUGAAUAGUACCAUUAAGGUUUAUAACAGUUUGAUGCAUGUUAAUCAGAUUAUCAAAAUAUUGGGAUCAGCUAGAAUUGGUAGAUGUAAACCAGCAAUGCAAAGUAAAGUUCCUUUGAUUUUUUCAUUAAUUGUAAGCAUAUAUUUGAAAUCAUUCAACGUAUGGACAGAAAGCUUAGGAAGUGAUGAAGAUAGUCUUGCAAGUCAGCAAGUGUCAUAUUUAGCAUUAAAAGUAUUGAGAAGAAUUGUAGCAGAUGGGUAUGAAAGGCCACAGAAAGAUGAAGCCGUUUGCGAGUUCAUGAAAGUGACUGUAACUCACUUUGAUUUAUUAAUAUCACAUCAAGAUGAUUUUAAAAGAUCUGACAUCUACGAUAAAUUUGUUAGAUGUUAUGGGAAACUGUAUUACAACGUAAUCACUAAUUCCCCUGCAAACUUUAUCCUUCUACCAUGUUCCACACAAAUUUUGAUUGCAUACACCAAGUUGUUAUUCGACAGGGCGUCAGAUGUCUAUAAUGAGAAUCCUGAAAUUACCGGUGAUUUUUGGGAACAAACUGCAAUAAGAGGAUUUUUAAUUUUAAAAAGAAUAAUUAAUUUCAUUCAUAAGAGAGGGGCGGUUGUAUUGAAAGCAAGGAGUGAUCGUUUGAGUAUCGAUGCCGCUAUGCAAAGAACCGCUACUGAAUUCUUAAACGAAAAUUUGGUAACGAAAUUGCUAGACAUAUUAAUGUCAUGGUAUUUGAAAUUACGUCCAUCCGAAUUAGAAAGUUGGUUCAUGGACCCUGAGGAGUGGAUAAAUGAACAACUCUCCUCUAGUUAUGAAUAUCAAAUUAGAGCUUGUGCGGAAAAUUUCUUUCAGGAUUUGAUAAAUUCCUUUCCAGAACUCUUGGUCCCAUAUCUAUUGAGGAAAAUUGAAAACGAUGCAGCAAAUUUACCCAAUACAUUAGAAGGAUUUUUGAGUAAGGAUGCAAUUUACGCAAGUUUCCAAUUAAGCGUGUCUGCAGUGAGUGAUAUGGUCGAUUUUGAUCGAUUGCUGACUCAAGUAUUUUUGCCAGAGGCAAAUUCCCGUACUUCAACGGAAAAUGAAGCAAAAGUAGUCAGAAGAAGAGUUUGUUUGAUCAUCAAUGAAUGGUCAACAGUGAAAUGCUCUGAAGAUAGUAAAAAAUUAUGCUAUGAAUAUUUUACCAAAUUACUAGCGAAAGAAAGCGAUACAGUGGUCUUACUAACAUGUGUUCAGGCAUUGAGGACUAUGAUCGAUGAUUGGAAUUUCGAGAAAAAUACAUUUGAACCUUAUUUGAAUGGUGUGAUGACCCUUUUGCUCAGGAAAGUUCUUCCUUCUGUAGCCCUAACGGAGACAAGAUUAUACAUUUUGAACACUAUGAGUGAUAUUAUAAUUCAAACGAAACCAUUAAUCAGUAAAGAAUUGUUAAUAGAAAUUCUACAAAUAGUCCCUGAAUUAUGGCAAGUUUCAAUCAGUAAUGUUUCUGAAUACAUUCUUUCCAAUGGUCUUUUAAGAUUGAUUAAAAAUCUUGUAACAUCUCUAGGCUCUCAUUCACAUUUGACCUGGUCCACAGCAUUACCAAUUGUUGCCCAAUCAUGCGAUCCAUCAUCUCCAAUAUACCAAUUAGUUAAUGAAGAUGGUUAUGAAUUAUGGGGAGCUUUACUACAAAACUAUUCGGUCCUUGAAGCUAAUUUAGAUCCAAAAUUUGUUGAAUUAUUACCAUCAUUAGAAUUUGGUGUUGAUUCGCACACUGAAAUUUUACCAACGUUAUUGGAGAUUGUCAAAAGUUACUCGUUGAUUUUGAACAGUCAGGAAUUUUUCAGUUGUCCCACUUUUAUCAAGAUAUUCAGUCAGUUAACCAGAUAUUUCUUAAAAUUAAGGGACGAUUCCUUUGAAUUACUACUGGAGAUUUGGGAAAAUUUAACACUGGUUAGCUCUACUGAUACUGAAGGAUCAUUAUUUGAAAGUUUCCAUGAAUCCGGUAUUCUCAAGGCUAUUUUGGACAGUGUCUUCAAAGAGGAAUCACUAUCCAAUUACCAAUGUGCACAAGUCAUACAAAUCGCUGCAAGAAUUGCAUAUUUGAAUCCACAAGUCUUGAUAGAUUUCAUUGCAGUAUAUCAUCAAGGAUCACUAAGUCUUGCAGAAAACCAGGAUUUGCCCAUUUCAGAGAGAAAAGUGGUCAUCAAAGAGAUGUCUCUGGAUGAAAUUGUUAAUAAAUUCUUAUCCAUUUGGAUUGUCUGUUUUAGAGAAAUUUACGAUCCAAAGGUGAAAAAGGUGCAUAUCUUGGGUAUUUCAAGUUUAUUGAGAACUGGAUUGUAUCCAGUUCUAUCGGAAUUUCAAGUAAUAGUUGCAAUGUGGGUUGAAAUGCUUGAAGAGAUUAACGAAACUAAUGAUGGGGACUGUGAAAAAUACCACUUGAAUGACUUAGUUACUGAAAUGUCGCCAGAAUAUCCAUUGACUUCUGAGCAAAUAAGAUAUCACGAGUUAUGCAGAAAAAACGAUCCUGCUCAUAAUGUUGGCCUAAAAUCAUUUAUCACACAAACUUUACAAUUUUUAGAAACCCAAAUGGGAACACAAUAUCAAGAAUUGUUAAACUCAGUCAAUGUGAGCCUAAUGGAAAAUUUACAGUUAUUUCUUGGCAUACCAUCACAAAAGUAG